AUGGAGGAGCAAAUCACUCGUUUGGUAGAUAAAUUACAAAACAAGGUUUCAGAGCUCCCACCUGACUCCCGAUACCUCGUAGCCAUCUCUGGCAUCCCAGGCUCCGGCAAAACAACUCUAGCCCUAGCCAUAACUGGACGCCUCAAUGACUCCCACGCCUCUUCCCACCCCUCCUCCCCACCCCUAGCCGUCUACGUCCCUAUGGACGGCUUCCACCUCACUCGCGCCCAACUAAGCGCCAUGCCCAACGCCGCCGAAGCUCACCAGCGCCGCGGCGCCCCCUGGACCUUCGACCCCCAAAAACUCCUCGAUUUCGUGCUUGCGAUGAAGGACCCCUCGCGGGGGACUGUAUUCGGGCCGUCGUUUGACCACGCGCUUAAGGAUCCGGUGGAGGGGGAUGUGAGGGUUGAUGAGAGCGCGCGAGUUGUGGUGCUGGAGGGGCUGUAUUUGAGUCUUCGUGGCGGGGUGUGGGGGGAGGUGGGGGCGGAGAUGGAUGAGCGGUGGUUUGUGGAUGUGGAGAGGGAGAUGGCGACGGGGAGGGUGGUGGAGCGGCAUGUUAGGAGUGGGGUUUGUGGAUCGAGGGGGGAGGCGGUGGAGAGGGCGACGGGGAGUGAUGCGUUGAAUGCGGAGGAGAUUUUGGGGGGGAGGGGGGAAGUGGAGGAGGUUAUUAGGAGUGUGCAGGAUGAGGCGUGGGCGGGGUUGAAUGUUGAUGAUGAUGAGUAG